AUGAACCUUGUCACAACCAUUAUUUGCAUCGCCACAGCCCUUUGCAUCAUCCUCGCUAUUGUCUCCUUUUGACUCCCGCAAAUGAAUCCCGACCACGAGAAACUCUCCCCCUACGAAUGCGGUUUUGAUCCACUAGGAAGUGCCCGAUUACCCUUCUCACUCCGAUUCUUUCUAGUCGCCAUCCUUUUCCUCCUUUUUGACCUAGAAAUUGCUCUUCUCCUUCCCCUCCCUUGAGGGGAUCAACUAACAAGCCCAUUAACUACAUUCCUUUGAGCCUCCGCUGUCCUAAUUCUCCUUACAUUGGGGCUUAUCUAUGAGUGAACCCAAGGAGGCCUCGAAUGGGCCGAAU